AUGCCAACUAAAGAUACAUUCAAAGAGAAAAAUUUUGAAGAAAACAAACAAAUUAUUGAUGAAGAAUAUGAAUAUGUUACAAUACCACCUGAUGGAGGUUACGGUUGGAUUAUUGCUUUCGCUGCAAUGUUUUGUAAUCUUGUUUGUGAUGGUACAUUAUUUGCUUUUGGUACUAUGAAAAAUCAUCUGCAAAAACAUUUCCAAUGUAGUGAUAUGCUUAUUCUUAUGGUUGGAUCUGUUCCUUGUGGUGUUUAUUUAUUAGUUGGUCCAAUAGUAUCAGGUCUAGCUAAUAGAUAUGGUUGUCGACCAAUUAUUAUUAUUGGAAGUAUUGGUGCAGCAGCUUGUAUGAGUUUAUCAACUCUAUCACCAAAUGUUUAUGCGAUGAUAAUUAUUUAUGGGAUAUUUGGUGGUAUAUUUUUUGGCAUGGUUUAUCUUCCAUCAGUUGUAAUGGUGUCAUUUUAUUUUGAUAAAAAACGAGCUAUUGCCAAUGGAUUAGUAACAGCUGGUACUGGUAUUGGUGCUUUAUCAUUUGGUCCAUUAGCUAAUUAUUUAAUGGGAAAAUUAGGUUGGGAACGUGGUCUACUGAUAUUUGCUGGUAUAAUGUUAACAUGUAUUCUAUUUGGAGCCAUAAUGAAACCAUUGAAACCACAAAGAGUACCUAUUGAACGAAGUGAAACACAGUUACAAAAUUUAAUAAAAAUCAAACCUGAUCGUUUAACACCAUCAUCGGCAUAUGAAGCAACUUCAAGUGGUUCGAAUCUGCCAUUUAUGUCAGUCCAUGAUAGUGCAACACAUAGGAAUAGUUCAACUGGUGUACCUAAUUUUGAUGUUUCUGGUGCUUUAAAAUUAGGUGUACCAUCUUCGUAUGCUCGUGCUCGUACAAUAUCAACAUCGAGUCGAGCAUCAUCGAAUAUUAGUGCUAGCCAUCGUUUUGGUGUUCUUAAUCCAGAGAAUGCAGGUCGACCAUUAUAUAAAAAAGAUGCAUUAUUUACUGGAUCAAAACAACAACUUCAUACAUCACAUGCAUCAUUACAUAGUAAUCCAUAUAUAUCAUCAGUGACAAAUAUUCCUGCAGCAACAAAUGAAAUAAAAAAAAAACAAUCAGCAACACAAGCAUUUGCUGAUAUUCUUUCAGCAAUGACUGAUUUUUCAAUAUUAAGAAAUAAACAAAUGUUAUUAAUUUGUAUUGGAAAUAUAUUUUCUAUGCUUGGAUAUUAUUUACCAAUAAUGUGUCUUGUUUCAUUUGCAAUUGAAGAUCUUAAAGUUGAUCAAACACGAGCUUCAUUUUUAUUAACAGUAUUUGGUUUUUUCAAUACAUUAGGACGAUUUUCUGGAGGACUCAUUACUAUGAUUCCUCAUUUGAGUGCAUUACGUGUUCAUAAUGUACUUUUAUAUACAGCAGGUGUUUUAACUGUUUUAGCUGCUUAUGCAUAUAAUUUUACAACUUGUGCAAUCUAUGCUGGUUUAUGUGGUUUUGCCAUUGCACCUCAUAUGUCACUUUUACCAAGUAUAGUAUGUGAUUGUGUUGGUCUUGAUCGAUAUACAACAGCUUUUGGUAUUCUAUUUCUUUUUCGAGGUUUUACAUCAAUAAUUGGACCACCUGCAGCAGGUUUUCUUAAAGAUCGCACUAAAAAAUAUGAUUUAGCAUUUGUUGUUGGUGGUGCAAUGAUCAUAAUUGCAGCUUUCUUUCAUAUUGCUUUAUCAUGUGUUGAACCCGAACGUUUACAAGAAGAAGAAGAAGAAGAACAACAACAACAACACGAAGAAAUUGUUUAA